GGACCGUGCCAAACAAUGUCAAAGAUCGGCUCGGGCCUUGUUUUGCUGGUUCGAGCGAUCUCGUUGGGCCGUGUGUUGACACGUAACGUCGUUCCGGCGCGGGCUUACUCAACUGGCCGGUAUGAUAAAAGUCCGUUCUUAUUCCGACUGAUCAGUUGCUGUUCUGAACGUGGCAGGCGAACGAACGUGCUCCUAUCGAAGAAUACACCAAAUACGCUGGCUUUUCGUCAGUUUCUAUUGAGGAGGUACUGUUGUAAGAAUCAAGUAGAGGACGACAAAAUGUCUGCGACGAAGAGAGAACCUGCUGCUGAGCAGUUGACAGAAUACAAGAAACAUACAAAGGGCGAGCGGCCAGUAUUGCUGACGGGAAAUGGCGCGCCGAUCGCUGAGAAGAAAGCCAGCUUAACGGUUGGUCCGCGUGGCCCAAUAUUGCUUCAAGAUUUCGUCUAUUUGGACGAAAUAACGCAUUUCAACAGAGAAAGAAUUCCGGAGCGCGUGGUGCACGCGAAAGGAGCUGGUGCGUUCGGUUAUUUCGAAGUUACCCACGACAUUACGAGAUAUUGUAAGGCAAAGGUGUUCUCCUCCAUUGGAAAACGAACUCCCAUAGCCGUGAGGUUCUCCACCGUGGGCGGUGAGUCUGGCUCCCCGGAUACCGCCAGGGAUCCUCGUGGUUUUGCGGUCAAGUUUUACACGGAGGAGGGUAUCUGGGAUUUGGUUGGCAACAACACGCCCAUUUUCUUUAUCAAAGACCCUCUAUUCUUCCCCAGCUUUAUCCACACGCAGAAACGAAAUCCUGUUACUCACUUGAAGGACGCCGACAUGUUCUGGGACUUCUUUUCUCUAAGACCCGAGUCAACGCAUCAGGUCAUGUUCCUGUUCUCGGAUCGAGGUAUUCCCGACGGUUAUCGUCACAUGAACGGCUACGGCUCUCACACGUUCAAGCUCGUCAACGCCAACAACGAGAUAAUCUACUGCAAAUUCCACUACAAGACCGACCAAGGGAUUAAAAAUAUUUUCAGCGACAAGGCGGCUGAAAUAAGCAGCAGCGAUCCUGAUUACUCGAUCAGGGAUCUUUACAACGCAAUUGCCACAAGUAAUUAUCCGACUUGGACCUUCUACAUUCAAGUGAUGACUGAGAGCCAAGCGAAGAAUUUCAGAUGGAAUCCUUUCGACGUAACCAAAGUAUGGCCGCAUGACGAAUAUCCGCUUAUACCUGUCGGCAAGCUAGUGUUGGAUCGAAAUCCCGACAAUUACUUUAAUGACGUGGAGCAAAUAGCCUUCGAUCCAGCUCACAUGGUGCCUGGUAUUGAACCAAGUCCUGACAAACUGCUACAGGGUCGACUAUUCGCUUACGGUGAUACUCACAGGCACCGUCUUGGUCCGAAUCAUCUCCAAUUACCUGUGAACUGCCCAUACAAAGCAAUAACCGCGAUGAAUUAUCAACGGGACGGCGACAUGAACAUUAACAACCAAAAUGGCGCGCCCAACUAUUAUCCCAACAGUUUCGGUGGCCCUCUGGAAUGUCCAGCCGUUCGUUCGCCAAGCUUCAGCGUGAGCGGCGACGUGGACCGUUACGAACCGCAGAACGAGGAUAACUUCGGACAGGCGACCUUAUUCUGGAGACGAGUUCUAAACGCCGACGAGAAGACCAGGCUGGUGGACAACCUAGUCAGCAGCCUUAAGAACGCGGCGAUCUUCAUCAUCGAGAGAGCCGUGAUGAACUUCAUGCAAGUGGACCCUGAUUUUGGCAAAAGACUUACGGACGGGCUUCGUAAAGCUGGCGUACAAAUAUAAUAUCUUAUUAAUGGUUUCGUCUCUCGAUAAGGAACUGCGAAUAAGCGAAAACGAAAAGGCCUUUUCUCUUCAAGCAAGAUAUUAAUAAACAGGAAAAUCCAGUUCAACAGUUUGUAAAAAAAUUGGUUUAUCACCCCGAAAAAAAAAUCCACAAUUUUCUCUGUACGGCGAAUUCCGACUGCAUCUGUUUUAUUCGAUGAACAUUGAUGCGCAGUGUGUUCUUAUGAAUAAAGCCUCGGGAAAGGAGGAGACACGUUUGUCAGGUGUGAAAUAUUUGCUUUUAUGCCAGGAAAUAUUUUCUAAUUAAAUUGCACGUGAUGCAAUGGAAGAGUGAAAUGUUAUCGUUAUUAAAAUAGAAAUAAAUGGAAUUUUCCUUAUUUUAAUUACUUAUUGGUGCAUUGAACGUUAGAGUAAGAUUAUAAGCUAUUAUAAUUAAGAAUAAAAGUGUUUUAUAAUUUUUUGGACUGGUGGAUUUUAAAAAUGGUAGCAGCUGUGAUGAAUUUAUCGAAAUAAUAUUAAAACAGUAAUGUCAAUAUUGGGGAAUAGUUAUAGCAUCGAAUAUUGUAACAGUAGGAAAUUUAUGGUAGGACAGAAAAAUGAAAUGAUUCACAGUGUCUUUGUAUUAUAUAUAACGAAAAUACUAAAACAAUAGUAUAUUUCUCAAUCUAGAAGUGCACAAAAGAAAACACGUAUUUUAGACUUAAGAUGGACUAGUUAUAAAGUUUGUAAUUUAAAUUUGUUAUAAAGCUUUUUGAGUGUGAUA